GUUAUUUAACCGCCGUUCAGCCGUUAAGGAGUAAUAGACAGUGUUUUCCUUGUUUUGUACGUAAAUCGUGAUUAUUCUGAUAUUGUAACAGAAAUAUAGUAUGAAACAUGCAUUUGCGUGUUAAGUAAACUUAUGUGUAUGAAAAUAUUAGGUAAUUCAAGAAUAAGCGGAUAAUUUGUAGACGUGUGACUACAGAUUUGCUUGUAUCUUUUUAGGCAACAAGAUGGAAUCACGUUUACCAAAACCAAAGAUUGGAGUAACAUCAAUGCUUAGUACAACGAAUGUAAAAAUGGAAAAUCAAAAAAUAACAAAGGACCAAAGCCGAGAGCCUCAUACAAGUUCUGCUAGUAUUUCUGAGAAUUUGAAAAAAGCCAAAAGUACGCUGAAUAUGAACCUUAAAUGUACAAAUGAAAAUAAGCUGCCACCAAGGGGAAACCUUACCAGAUCAAAAACUUUGUCGUCUAUUACUACUAGGGCUACGAAAAGGCCAGCUACUGCUCCCACUACUCAAAUAGAAGCUAAAAAACCAUUUACUAAGCCUUCUGUUAAAUCUACAGUAAAUACACGAUCUGGCACUGUAUUAACAAAUAAAGUUACUAACAGAAUCAUUCAAGAUGCUUCAACUAAAAGGAUUCAAAAUAAUACUGUAGUUAAGCCUUCUAAAUGGGAUUUAAAGGGUAGAUUGGCUCAUACAAAUGAUGCUUUGUCCAAUAUGCGACAGAAAUACAAUGAAACUACAUUAAAGUACAAUGAACUUCAAGAACAAGUAAACAGUUUGAAAGCAAAUGAAAAUGUAUAUAAAUCAAAAGCAGAGAAGUAUGAAAAUUUAAAUAAAGCAUUAGAUAACGAGCUUAAACAAUUGAAGAUGGAAAUGGACAAAAUACAAGAAGAAAGAGAAAGUUUAUUUAAACGUUUAAUGGAAUCAGAAAAGUCCUUCAAAAACGUUUCAAAUAAGCUACGAGAAUGUCAAGAAACGUAUGAAUCUCAAAAAGUGUUACUAGUGAAACACGAAUCUGUAAUACAAGAUCUAGAAUCAAAUUUAGGAACUCAGGUAAAGGUCAAUGAAGAACUGACUACAGUUAAAAACGAGUUACAAUCGUUAGUUCAUACAAUGGACAAGGAUCGUAGAAUUCUACAUAACGCGAUACAAGAACUAAAAGGAAAUAUUAGAGUAUUUUGUAGAGUACGACCUAGAACUCCAAACGAACUUGAAAAACCAUUGUGUGCAAUGAACUUCAUAGAUGAAUGCACUAUUGAAGUAGGAAAAUCAGAUGGUUCUGAUGCAGUUAGCUGUAGCGGAAAAUUAAGAGGAAUUAGACAAGAAUUUUCGUUUGAUAAAGUUUUUCCACCAACGGCUAAGCAGGAGCAUGUAUUUGAAGAAUUAUCUAUGUUGGUUCAGUCUGCCUUAGAAGGAUACAAUGUUUGUGUCUUUGCAUAUGGCCAGACUGGUUCUGGUAAAACGUAUACCAUGGAGGGUUUACCUGGCUCUGAAACGGAAGGCAUGAUACCUAGAACGGUACGGCAUAUAUUUCAAGAAAUGAAACAAUUUGAAUUACUUGGGUGGGAGUAUGAAAUAGAAGCUAGCUUUCUUGAAAUUUAUAACGAGCAUAUUGUCGAUCUACUUGAUUAUCAACAAAAAAUACACGAAAUCCGAAUGGCCGACAGUAAAGGGCACGACUUGUAUGUUAGCAACCUUAAGAUAGAAAAAAUACAUAGUCCUGACGAACUGCACGAAUGUCUUCUAAUUGCACAACGUAACAGAGCGGUUGCGGCUACUCAGUCGAACGAAAGAUCAUCAAGAUCACAUUCAGUAGCAAGAAUAAGGCUUAUUGGAACACACCGAUUAAGAGGAGAGAUUUCUGUAGGAAACUUAAAUUUAGUUGACUUAGCAGGCUCCGAAAGAUUAAAAGGCGAGGAAACGGUACGACUGGCGGAAACGAAAAACAUUAACAAAUCGCUGGCGAACUUAGGUAAUGUUAUUCUUGCUCUUUUGAAGAAGCAGGAACAUAUUCCUUACAGAAACUCAAAACUUACUCAUUUAUUGAUGCCGUCUUUGGGUGGCAAUUCAAAGACUUUGAUGUUAUUAAAUAUAUCGCCUUUAGAAGAGUGUUAUAAUGAAACACUGAAUUCAUUAAGAUUUGCUAGUAACGUGAACAGUUGUAAAACAGGUAAUGUGAAACGAGCGCGAACUGUUUUACAAAACACUGUAUAAAACUUCAAAUAGUCAUUCUCGUCACAACCGUAUUUUCGUAGCCUUCUUUGAGACUAUUUUACAUGUUUAAUUUGCAACGACUGAUUACAAUUUUAUGAAAGAUACUAUUAUAAAAUUUUAUACUUCCUUAAAAUGGUACAAAGUAGGUGUAAAUAAUAAUAUAUAAAAUAUUUUCUUAAUGUCGAAAUUGAAUACAUAUUGUUGUUCCUUCAAGUUAAAUAAGAGUUAAGAAUGUCCCUUUUAAUUAUCAAACAUUUGUUUUAAAUUUAAUACAAUUAGACUGAUGACUGAAUCGAUGUUCCGAUUCCCGCAAGGGUGAUUCUUAUAGUGUUCCCUAGAGGGGAUCAGAACAUUAAAAAAAAGUUAUUUGUUAGACAGUGUAAUCUAGAAGCUUUUAUCUAUUUUAUGCGUACAGUUUUUCAUGAAAAUUAUUUUCAUGGACAAUUCUACCUUUGUAAGCAUUCAUUGUAACAUUUAUUGAAAUAAACAAUAAUUAAUCUAACAACAUU